AUGGAAGGUCACGUAAGAUAUAAGCGCAUAUCUGACGAGGACCGAGAGCGACUGAUAGAAGCUUUCGAGGGUCACCAAGCUGACUAUCUAGUGCUGGCCGAUACACUGGGCAUUAAGCGGUCUACUGCCAGAUCUAUCGUGGCGACUUAUCUACGGACCGGCAGGCGACAUAAGAUGGCAAGGGGAGGUGUCAAAAACCAGAAAAUAGACGACGAGAUGAGAGCUCGUCUUCAAAACAUUGUUGACACCAACCCUCUGGCCACGUUAGAGCAAAUGAAGAGAGACAUGGAAGCGGCAUUGCCGCAUAAGCCAGCAGUUUCCAUUUCGACCAUAUCACGAGCUCUAGAUGGUAUGUUUAUUACCCUCAAACUGGCUGAAGAUGUGCCAGAGGGGAGAAAUUCAGAAGCAACACUUGAUCGUCGGGUGGAGUACGCUCAGUGGUUUUUGGCAGAAGGCGUGGUCGCCCACACAGUUUUCAUUGACGAAACCGGCUAUAACAUCUGGACUCGUCGAUCCUUCGGCAGGGCACCCCGCGGUCAACCGGUUCGAAGAGUUGUUAAUGGACAACGUGGAAAGAGAUGUAAUGUCACGUUUGCGGUUUCAGGGGAGGUAGGCCUGAUGCACCACGUCAUUGCAUGCGAGACAACCACUAGAGCCACCUUUGAGGACUUCCUCGCCGAAACUGCACGUCAGUGUGCAAUAAUGUUUCCUCCAGGUGAAUCAGUCGUCAUGAUAUACGACAACGCCAGACCGCACGUGAGGGCUCAGCUCCCCCAUGACGUUGAUCCAAUCAUCCAGGUUAGGCUCCUGCCUCCCUACUCUCCGUUCCUCAACUUCACCGAGAACGCACACUCUGCAUUUAAAUCCAGAGUUAAGAGGGAUUUGGCACGUCCUGAAAUACAGCAGGCGAUAGGCGAUCGGGAAGCUGCUGAGCAGGCAGGACUGACGAUGGAGAGGUGGCGAGUAGACAUCGUUUGUCGUGUAGCCAGGAGGAACGUCGACGCCAUCACACAGCAGAAAUGCAUGGGAUGGUAUCGCAGAAUGCAGACCUACAUCCCCCAAUGCCUUGCCCGCCAGCAGAUCGAUGGCUAA